AUGUCUUCGUCUAAUGAUCUUUAUAAGGAUCAAUUCAUAGUGGAAAUCAAUUCAAGAUCAAAUAGUGAUGCUUCAGAUGAACAAUUAAUCUCUGAGAAUGCUCUUGAUUAUGGGUCCACAAAGGAAAUCAAUGAUUCAAUAUUACAAGUUGAUUUAGAAAAUUUACCUCAAGGACGUCAAUUUGGUGUUUUCUCUACAAUUGUCUUGUUUAUUAGUAGGAUAUUUGGUUCUGGGAUUUGGGCUACUCCUGCUUUGGUGUUUCAAGGUGUUGGUGGUUCACCAUUAUUGUUCUUUAUUAUGUGGAUUAUAGCUGCUUUAAUGGCUUUUGCUGGAUUAUUUAUUUAUUUAGAAUUGGGGUCCAUUGUUCCUAAAUCAGGUGGUACAAAAGUAUUUCUUGAAUUCAUAUAUCCAAGACCUUUUUUAUUGAUUAGCGUUGUUUUUGCAAUAUUUCAACUAGUUUUCAGUAUGUCUAUUACAAAUGCUUUGGUAUUUGGGAAAUAUCUAUUAUUCGCUUUGGGGUUUGAACCUGAUUAUAUUGAAACUUCUCAAGCAUCAAGUAAUAUUGGAAUGGGACUUAUAAUAAUAACUUGUCUGGUCCAUGGUAUUUCUGUUAAAACUGGACUUUUUGUUCAAAAUUUCCUUGGUGCUUUAAAAUUAUUCCUUGUUGCAAUAAUGACAAUAACUGGUAUUUAUGUCCUUAUAACACCAACCCAACUAACAGGUUUACCAAAUCAUUUCCAUUGGGAUGAAGUUUUCAAAUUCCAAGAUUCUUCCAUAGUAACAACUUCAAGUUUAUCAUCAUCAUUAUUAAAUUGUUUCUUUACAUUUGGUGGUUGGAGUUCUGUUCAUACUCUAUCAAGUGAAAUUCAAAACCCAAAUAGAACUUUUAAAAUCGCAGGUCCAAUAUCAUUAAUCCUUGCAUUAUUAAAUUUUACAUUAAUCAAUAUAGCAUAUUUAAAAAUCAUUCCACAUGAUGAAAUCAUGGAAAUUGGUCCAUUAAUCGGUUCAAUCCUUUUUGAAAAAAUAUUUGGUUAUAAAUUAGGUAGACAAUUCAUAACAAUAUCAAUUGCCAUAUCAUCAGCAUCAAAUGUAUUUGUUGUUAUUUAUUCAUUAGUUAGAAUGAAUCAAGAAAUUUUUAGAGAAGGUUAUUUCCCAUAUAGUGGAUUUUUUGCAUCAAAUUCCAAAAUUUUCAAAACUCCAAUAACUUGUCUUGUUUUAACUUGUUUUACAAAUUGUAUUUGGUUAUAUUUAUUACCUCAAGGUGGUGAUUCUUUUAAUUAUAUUAUAAGUUUAGAAGGUUAUACAGGUCAAAUUUUCUUGUUACUUACAUCAAUAGGUAUCUUUAUAAUUAGAUAUCGUUUCCCACAUUCAAGAGCAUCAAUAAGAGCUUCUAGAAUAGGUACAAUUUUAAUAAUCUUUGUUACAUUAUUUAUUAUUAUAAGUCCAUUCUUCACAAAAGAUAGUAAUCAAGCUAAAUUAGGUGGAUUACCACCUUAUUAUAUAUUAUCACCAUUAAUUUUAAUAUCUUGUGUUGGAUUUUGGGGCUUGAAAUUUAAAAUUUUACCUUAUUUAUUUGGAUAUGAAUUAGAGAAUGAAGUUAAAGAAUUACAUGAUGGAUUAACUAUUAAAAAAUGGGUUAAAGUUUAUCACUAG